UGUCGUAUUGCCAUUUUCUUUCUGGUUCAUCACGUUGAAUUGUACACGUAUAAAUUAGGUUAAAUAAAAGAGGAGUCACCAAAGUUCUUGGUUCGACUUCAAUCUGAUCGAGCAGAGACAAGAACACCACUGAGCAAAGAAGAAGAAAAAGAAGAUGGGAAAGCAACCAGUGAAGCUGAAGGCGGUGGUGUACGCUCUUUCUCCGUUUCAGCAGAAAGUGAUGCCGGGUCUUUGGAAGGAUCUGCCUUCUAAGAUCCACCACAAGAUCUCCGAGAACUGGCUCAGCGCCACCCUCCUCCUCACCCCUCUCGUCGGCACAUACACGUAUGUUCAGCAGUAUCAAGAAAAGGAGAAGUUAUCUCAUAGGUACUGAAGUCUUUUUGUUCCUUUCUAGAAGUGGACUCCAACCAUGCUAGAAGAACUGAACCUUUUCCCCCCUUUUCUUUCAUGUGCAAAUAAGUUGAAUUUUCUGGUUAUCAACUGCAAUUGCAGUGCAGUUGCUUAAACAUAUCCCAUUUGGCUAUUUAGUUUUGUUUAUGAACUGCUGUGAUUUUUUGGCGAUUGGCUGUUUCAGCAAUAUGGAUAUAAGAUGUUGAUUUGAGUUUGGUAUGGCAACUUAAUCAACGAAAUAAUUAUUUGAA